UCAGGAAGUGUUGUGCACUCUAAAUGAUUCCCCCGUAGAGAUAGAUUAGUGUGACAUUACAACAGGAUAAAGGACGAUGUAAUGGUUCAGACAGUCGAAGAGGAAACAUGGAAGUUUGUUUUCUACGCGGUCUCCUCUUCGUCGCCCUGACGGCUUGGACUUUAGCAGACGAUGGACAGGUGACAUUUGUGUCAGAGCUCUCGUCCAAACCAGCUCAAAAGCUGUCAAAGUAUGGCUGGUACGGCAACGUGAGGCUGCAGAGGUUUCAUAUACCGGAGGAGACCGCCAUCGCUUGCUGGCUGUUCACUGUCACUAAGGGCCACAACUUCCACUGUGGACAGCACAACGUUACCAUCCAUAUACGGUGGGGUGCACCUCCAGUUAUAAACCCGAUAGGUUCGGUAUUUCCUAAUGCAACGCUAUGGAGCCCCUGUCUGUCUCUGACCCUACUGGUAACGUCACACAGCUCCAUAACCUUUAACCUCUCCAACCCGGCUCCUGGUGAUUGGUACAUCGCUGCCCACUUGCCUGAGGAUGAUGGACGCAUAGAGCAGAAGGGUUUUCCGUCCUGCUCAUAUUUCUUCCAGCCUCAGUUAUCAAUCAGGAGAGCAGUGGACACACCUGUCUUACAGCAGGGCACAUUCCUUCAACAAACUGCAACCCCUGACCGACCUGCACGCCUUAAGUUAUAUGUUCCAGAGUUUGUCUCCUCUCUCUCCGUCUCUGUGGCUGACUGUGCAUCAGGGGAGGGAGCAGACCGUGGAAACUGUUCACUGGUCCUCAGGCUCGGCUCCUCCUCUCUGCAGCAGGGCCCAGUAACAGUGAACUGCUCAGGGACUGGCUGCUCAGCAGUGCUCUCUAACCCACCUUGGGACACCUGGCUGCGUGUUGUUGUAGAGAGCAACCAAGACAACCGUACUGUAACCUUUAAUAUCGUCUCAAACUACACAGUGGGAUGUAAGCCAAAAAGUGUAGGCCUUAAAGCAGAUGAUGACAUCAACAAUCUCCGUGGCAACAGCAGUUAUACCAACACAACAUCAGCAGGCAACAGCUCACUGGUUACAGACACAGUCGCCUUUAAUGAGCCAGCAUUAUUGCUGUUGCCAUCAGCGUGCGUGUGGAGCAUCCCCGUGCUCUACGAGGAGGUGGAUGUUCUGUCGCUCCGGUUCACCCCCGUCAACGGACCCAACGUCAGCGUUACAGACACACACCCCACACUGCUCACCUACCCCCUCCACACACAAGCCACCGGUGGUACACUCAACCUGCAGCUCACGCUUAACACUACUAAUGUAACCCUGGGAAACAGCAGCAGUGUGGUGGCCUGUCUCUCUCCCAGGGCUCCAGUCCUCAGCCUCAACCACUCUCAGCCCUGUCGCACAGAUUUGUUUGGUGGAUAUGGUCUUCAGGUGAAUGUCAGUGUUCCUAAAGCUGUGGUCAGGCUGCCAUUCCCUCAGUCAACAACAUGGUACCUCACCCUGCAGCUCACAUGCAACGGCAGUGACUGUGGUAAUACUUCAGUGGUGUAUGUGGUCCCAGAGGUGUUUGUCAGUGCCUGUGUAGAGGACUGUGGGACAUAUGGUGAAUGUAGACUACUGAGAUCCUACAGCUACCUGUACAGUGCCUGUGUCUGCAAGGCUGGCUGGAAUGGUUGGGGCUGCACAGAUGAUUCGGCAGCUCAGUCGUACCGUCACCAGUUGACGGCAACUCUGUUGCUCACUCUCAGUAACCUGUUCUUCCUGCCUGCCAUCGUGGUGGCUGUCAAACGCUGCUACAUCACCGAGGCAUCCGUCUACCUCUUCACAAUGUUCUUCUCCACGUUCUACCAUGCAUGUGACCAGCCGGGUGUAGCCGUACUGUGUAUAAUGGAUUAUGAUGCCUUACAAUACUGUGACUUCCUGGGCUCUGUCUGUUCCAUCUGGGUCACCAUUCUGUGCAUGGCUCGCAUCAGAGACACAUUCAAAUAUACUCUGUUUAUGCUCGGGGCUCUGCUGAUUGCCAUGUCAAUGCAACUGGACCGCAAAGGCCUGUGGAACCUGCUGGGCCCCAUCCUCUGUGCACUGCUGAUUAUGGUCACUACAUGGGUCUACCGAGGGGUGCGGCGUCGACACUGUUACCCUCCUUCUUGGCAACGCUGGGUCCUCUACCUGAUCCCCGGGGCAGCCUGCGCUCUGAUCGGGGUAUGCUUGUACAUUUUUGCAGAGACAGAGGACAACUACUACUACACACACUCACUGUGGCACAUCCUGGUGGCUACCUGCGUGGUGUUCCUGCUGCCGCCGAAGGAGAAGGAAAGGGAGACGUUGGGCUGGAGCAGGGGCUGGAGCUGGACCUGGAGACCCCGGGUUUGUGGGUACACUCUCUGUCAGAGUGGCAAGGACGAACUCUACACUGUCACAUAGUGGGAUACGAGAUGUUGUAAGGACGCAAAGUGACUCGGCAUUGAUUGUUAGACAGAUGUAUAAGCACUACAUUCACAAGGUGUUGCAGUGUCUUUAAGACUCUUUUUGACCUAUAUUCUCAUAGGUCUAUGAUUUUCACAUUCACAUUCACCUGAAUUGUGAAACUGCUCUUCUGUUGGUAUAAAAAAAGAAGAAGAAAGUUUUAGAUUGAAAAACUAACUUGCAGACAUUCUGAAAUACACACACACACACACACACACCAUUUAACCCAAAUCAAACCUGCUGAAACCUCGAAGGGGGUCCUUUGCACCAGCUUAGGUAUGAACAUCAAAACCUUCAGGUAGCAGACCGCCUGACCUUUGACCUCAUGACCAGGAGUUUGUACAUAUUGUGUAUGUGCAUAUUUUACUAGGCUAGGAAAUGAAUGUUCAAAAUAUUUAUAAGGAAUAGCACUUUGUGGAACUCUUUUAAAUCUUUUUCUAUUCAGUCUGUCGUUGACUUUACUGAAAUAAUAUGCUAUAUUUAUAGAUGUUCACGCUCAUCAUUCUGGUAUCCUCCUGUAUAUUAAUUUUUGCAAAUGUUUGGCAAAACUGUCUCAACUUCAAGUUCACCUACAAGCUUUUUCCAGAGCUUCAUCCAUUUGCUUUUUUAAUCUUCAGACUAGUUUGUUGUAAGACACAAAAUAAGAAUAAUCAGAAACAUUUAAUAUGAUCCCUUGCCAUCAUGUUAACUUCAGCCUGCCAGUUCUCCUAUAUGUCUCUUAAAUCUGAUUCUCAGCCACUGGUCAACUGUAUGUGCGUGUUCACUGAGUGUCAGAUUUAGGUGCAGUGAUUUGGGAUACAGGGUGCCUCCUCAUUCUUGGAAACAAAUCUUUGUCUUUAAAUACUGUACAUGGCUGGAGGUUACAAUCAUGUACAGACUUACAUGCAGUUUGUAUUGAGACUGAAUGACGUCGUGUCCUGCCUUGUCUUGUCUAUUCUGUUGUCUGUUUAUUCUCCUGCCUUGAAACCUUACCAGUUCUUACUUUUUACCAGCAGUCAUUCUGAAGCACUUUUAUGAUUAGCAAGCUAAUUCCACAGUGUAAUGUACAUAGCCCAUAUGUGUAUGAAUGGGCACUUGAUGAAUGUAUAUUCACAUUAUUGUGUCCAGUGCCUCCUGUAUGUAUUGUAUGAAUGUGUGUGUUUCAUCUCUUGCAUACUCUGUCCAUACUUACAUUUAUCUAGGACACAGUUUAUGUUUUGUCCAUUUGUGUGUCCCAUGCUGUGAUGAUUUUCUCAUUGUGAUUUUGCACAUUUUGAAGUUAAACAUCUCAAAGUUUGACUGUCACACUUGCUUAGCCUUCCUCUCAUUGUUGAAACAUUGUUUCUUUCGUGUGUGAUUGUAAAUAAUUUUAUUUUGUUGUCAAAUUUAAGAGUAUGAAAACCACUACAACAUAAUGCAGCUCUAAUGUAAGGAUUAAGAAAUGUAAAACACGACUUUACUUCCUUGUACUGGACAAUUACUUUUCAAUCAUUUAAAAAUCCAAACAGCAUUUAGUUGACCAAAAAUAAAUCUUUUGUAUAAAAAGAAA